GCGAGUUUCGCGUUCGGUCCUGAUAUGUCUCCUCUCCUCUGCGGCAUAUUUUCGCGCAAUAAUACCUGCGAUAUGAUGCACGUUCCCGAGCAAUAAGUCAUUUUCCUGAGCUCCACCAGCUGGUAUCAGAAUUCAGUUCGUCAGUCGGCGCGGUCCAUAAGGUGCACGUGUCCGCCUUGUUUUCCCAUUCAACCCAAACAAAGAGACUCGCUACGGCCAUUCAUAUUGAUUUUUCCGUGAUAUAGAGAGUGCUACAUAAAAAAACUUGUUGAUCUCGGAUUCGCUCGCUCGGCAAGUUCACCGUUCGCGGAAAGGUCCACUCGAUUUUCUUCAAUUAACUGGUGUUUUUCUCUCUCGUUAAAAAAAUGUUUCGAGCCGAACUAGUGAUCGUGAGCUACUAGGUGGUUUCUUAUUAUGGAAAUUUCGGAAGAGCCCCUAAAUCUCACGUUGAAAAAAAUGCCGAUCGCUAUAGUGACCCCUUUUUCCGUCGUGGAAACCCAUCAAAACGCCAAAACGAACAACAACGACCUUACUAGCACCGAUGUUAACAAGGACGAGGACCUGCCGGAGGAUUUGUCGGUGAAGAAAAUCAACGAGGACGUGCUGGACCUGACGAGGAACAAUCACACCGAACAGCUGAGGAAGUAUUUGUGCAAGAACGAGGAGACGCGAAAUUCCUACGAGAAAAACACGUUCAACGAUUACUACAACAACAAAUUGUCGCCGAGAGAUAGCCCUUACAACAUUUUCAAUGCGUCCGACAAUAAUAAUUUGUUAUCUAUGUGGUACAUGAACUCGUUUUUGAACCAGCAGAAUCCGUUUUUUAAUUAUCAUUCGAAAUCCAAAGGCGCCUCCGAUUCGAAUAAAAUAUUGAACAAUCUUUUGGACAAAAAAACCCCUUACGCUUCGUACAAAUUCCCUUCAGGAUUCGAUGCGCUUAUAAAAAACGAAAUGCAAAGUGAUAGUGACGAUAAGGAAUCUAUUAAGUCAAUCAAAUCGUCUACCGGGUCACAAGAUCACAAAUCCGGCGUCGACGGUAAAAACAAUCAGGACAGUAAUGAAAAGAAGAAGCCCCAUAUAAAGAAACCCCUCAACGCUUUCAUGUUGUACAUGAAGGAGAUGAGAGCGAAAGUGGUCGCCGAGUGUACGUUGAAGGAGAGCGCUGCGAUCAAUCAAAUAUUGGGAAGAAGGUGGCACUCCUUGAGCCGGGAAGAGCAGGCCAAGUAUUAUGAAAUGGCGCGGCAGGAGCGCCAAUUGCACAUGCAGUUGUACCCGGGCUGGAGUGCGCGGGACAAUUACGGUUACGGCACCAAGAAGAAGAAGCGAAAGAAAGAGCGAACACCUAUCGAGUCGGGAGGGGCGGCCGGCAUGGCGAUGUUUGCGCGCUUCUUGGUGCCCUGCCGGGAGGAGCAGGCCAAAUACUAUGAGCUGGCUCGCCGCGAACGACAGCUGCACAUGCAGCUCUAUCCCGAUUGGUCAUCACGCGCCAACGCCACUCGCGGCAAGAAGAGGAAGCGUAAACAAGACCCCACCGAUGGAGUCCCGAGAACAGCUCCGUGGGAGGAGGAACUUCGACCAUCCACGGAAAUCUGUUGCACUCGUCUGGAAGCGCUGCUACAACGCAAUCACCUCAGGAACCAACUUAUGCGAAAGAAGAAGUGCAUACGAUAUAUGGAAGCAGGGGACGGAAACGACGACAACCACUCGGACGACAAUCUAGGCAGCUGCGGCAGCACCGGCGACGCUCACACGCCGCCCGACGACGACAACGAAAGCCUGAACCAGUCGAUAUCGAGCCCGGGCGGCCUGUCGGGCCUGAGCAGCCUGACCAGCCCCGGCGGCAUGGUGUUGCCCAGCCCGUCGACGAGCGUCGCCAGCCCGUCGGUGAGCGUCGCCAGUCCGUACAUGCUGCAGAGCCCGCUGACGCCGCACGACGGCUUCGACGUGAAGGCGCCGCUGCCGCCGCCGCCGCCGUCGCAACACCACCACCACCACCACCACCAGCCGGCGCGCAACCCCGUCGGGACGAAUCCGCACGACAUAAACAAUCCGUUGAGUGUCAAUCAGUUGACGGGACAGUGCGUCAGAAACGACAGCUCGGAUACGAACGGUAAUAAAGAGACUCGGUCGAUCAUAAGCGUUACGUAGCCUUUAGUUAAUCAAAAUGGAAAAACCACCUGUGAUCAUUGGACUAUCCUCGUUUUUUGGUGGUUCUUUUUGUGGAGUUUAUUAUUAUUUUUUUGUUUGUUUUAUCGCGCGGCACGUUCGAUCUCACUUUUGGACUUUAGUGCUGCGGUUUAUUAUUCGAAGUGAUCACUUCCCAAAAUUGACAGGUCUUUAGAUAGCGAUAUCUUAAAAACUUGUUUUUAAAUAGAUCAAUCCGAAAAUAUAGAUAAAACUUGUAAAAGUAACAAUGAAAACUUUAUAUGAAUAGUUAAUUAUUCGCUAAGUGAUAACCAGAUAUAAAAUCCUUCUUUCCACAUUCUCUCUGUAUAAUGUAACAUUUUUAUAAAAAACGUACUUUUUUACAUAUUUUUGUCAUUUAAAGCUGAAGAUUAUCGUUUAUAUACCGAAACUAGUCAUUUAAUGAAUAAUUGGAUAGAGAGUUGUGUUGUUACUAUUGCAAAUAAAUGUUAUUAAAAGAAUAUUUCUACCUAAGAAUGGUAAUUAAAGGAAAUACUUAAAUUUUGGGAAGUUUUCACUUUUGUGGGGCGUCUUGGGGCGCACCCUUUUUUAUUUUAAUUAUGUAACAUAAAUGUCAUUUGCCAAAAUCACCUCUAUAUACAUUAUAUAGAUUAUAUAUUAUAUAUAUUAUAAAUAUUUCCGAUUUUUAUAUUUUGUAGUUAUUUAUAUGGACUGCUAGGGGAAGAGAAAGUAUAAAAGAUAAUUUUUAUUCAAUCGCUUAAUACAGGGUGUUAAAUCUAUUAAGAUAAUUAGAGAAUAAAGUCAACUAUUUUCAAAAUCAACUGUAAAAUUUGCUUAAGUAAUUGUUAGUAAUAAUAUUGAUAUUUCCAAGUAAAAAAAUUGUGGUGUUCCUUAUGAUUGAGUUGAUGUAAAUCUUUUAUACUUUCGGUUUAAUCUAUUCAAUAUUACGGAUGAUGCGCUAUUUUUAACGUACUUAAGUUGAUUAGUUGUGAUCUCUAAUAAAUAAAUUUAUUAUAUUUUAACCGAUAAUCCAGUAAACGCCUUUUUACUCAAAAAUUCUAACAAACAUGAACUUUCUAAAAAACUUUUUUAAAAAUAUCUAUAUAAUUUGUAACCAGUUUAAACUAGUCACUUUAAAAUUCCUAUAAAUAUCUUCCAUAUUGAAUAAUAUAGAAAUCUAAAAUCGACUUGAUCAUUAGAUUUGAGCUUCCUGUAAAGUUAUUACUUUUUUUCUCUGAAUAUUCUUAUACAGAAUUAUUCAAGAGGUAUUUACUGUAUUAUCGGUAAUUUUUGGAGAAUUAUGGGCAUGCAUCAUCCAGAUAUCGUGCAGUACUGAUCGAAGUGCAAUCGUAUCUUUAUUGUAAAAUAGAAAUCAAAUUAAAUCGGUGCUGCGCGGUAACGGCAAUUUUACGAUUGUUUUGCGUAUUAUUUUUGCUCAAACUUUUAAUUUUUAUUCGACGAAUUUCUUUUAUCAAUUUACGCUUGUACACUUUUUUUCUACAAACGUUUUUCCGAACUUUGCGAUAAUAACCAGAAAAAAUCAUUGUGCAUUUCGUUAUGUAUUUCGAAGUUUGGAAAAACGUUUGGAAUUUUUUUACAUUUGGAAAUAGUGACAAUAUUAUCUUGAAUUUAACUCAUCACAAUUCGAAAGAACCUAGAUUUUAAAAUAUAUAUUGCUACAAAAAAACUUUUGUAAUUACACUGUACAUAGAAAAACGUUAUAAAAUAAUGCAUUUGAUUGCAUUGAUUAAUAUUUUUUGAUUUUUUUAAAUUUUAUUCGUUUAGUUCUAGUUCUUGAGCCAUCCAAUACUUUUUAAAAGAAAUUGCGUUUUUUUAACGAUUUUUUAACGAAUUUGUUUUGCUCAUAUGCCGAGAAACAAACAGUCGAAAAGGAGAUUUUUAAAAAUGUUAACAGAAAACAAGUAAGAUGUAAAAUAAUUUGUAACCAUUCGAAAACGGUUUAGUUUAUUCCUAUUAAAUUUAAAUAGUAAAUUAUGGUUUUGACUAAAAGAAAUAAUAAUUUGUUAUGUUUUUAGGGGGUUGUUAUUACUUGUUUAAUUGUUUUCAUUUUCUGAAAUCUUAUUCUCAUCACUCUCUUGUUUGUUACUAAGAUUUUAACUUUCUAUUUCCCGAUCGAUUUCUCAACUAUCUUUUCUACCGAUCCUUUUUUAUCGAAUUAAGCGCUGAAUGUUUUAGUUAGAACUUGAAUUGUUCACUCCCCACCCCCAAAAAAAGACAAGAGCUUUACUUUAGUGCAAAUAUAAAUCGUACAUUGCAAUAUUUUUAAUAAAACUAAAUCUGAUGUAAAUAACUUCCUUAUAAAACAAAAGCUAAAACGGUUUUUUAUUUCCAAAAAUUGUUUUUAUUCAUUUUACGUUAAUUUUUUUACUAAGGAAAAAACGAUGUGAUAUUUUAUACUAUUUAAAAAUGAACAUGAUUUGUUUGGCGUUUCUCAGGAUUCAGCAUUUAUCGAUUUCUUUCGAACCAGUGAACCACCAUUAAUUAAUUUUUUCAUUGUUCAUACCUACAAUGUUAUUCUUUACUACAUAUUCCUACCAUUCGCAGAUUUCGUGUACGAGAGUAUUAUUUUUACGCGGAAAAAUUAAAUUUAAUGGUGGUGCAUUUAAAUUAAACAAAAAAAUAGUGGCGACUGUUCCGUUGGAGAUUUGCAAAAUAUAACCCCGUUUCAAAGAGAUUACUGUGCCAUAUUCCAAUAAGGGAAGUAGUUUGCGAAUCGAACACCGACAGUUCGGAACAAAUUAUGACUGCUUAGUUUUAACGGAAAUACAUUUAAGUUUUAUUAUAUAUUUUUUUUUGUUUGGAUGAGUGCAAUGUAAAAAUUAUACGGUCGGCGAGGACUCUUCUCAAUGCGCGACGUGUACAAUUCGAAAAUUUCAAUUCCUACUUAACGUUCUAUCUCCCGGAAGUUUUCAAAUUGACGAGAGUCCUUCGGAGUUCGAGCAAACUGUUCGAUAGGUGUACCAUUAAAAAAAUAACGCAUUUUAUGAAAAAAUUUUCACGCUCCAUUUUCGCUCGUUUAUCAUCUGUUCGUUCGCGCCUAUUUGAUAGUUUGUCAACGGUUUGUACAUUUUGCGACGAGGUAUUUUGAAUACCGCUUCCGAGUGUACUGAAUUAAUAGAAUAAAUAAUUAUAAAUAAAUUUAGCAAUUAGAUGUUAAUAAUGUCUUUGUAAGUAGCAAUCUGUUCGUAAAACCGUAUAGGAUAGGAUUAUUCAAUACAAAACUUCAA